AUGUCCCAAGAAGCACAGCCGGCACAGGGUAAGGGCAUAGAUGAGGAACUUAUUGAGACGGUCCAUACUGCUCCUCAUCAAGGUCAUACACAACCUAGCGAGACCAAGAAGGAUGACGCCCUUCAGCUCAUUGAGGAAGUGGGCCACUCGACAAUCCUCACCGCGGAGAAUAACGCCCGAGUUCUACGACAGAUCGACUUGAGGCUAUUGCCUAUACUCUUGGGCAUCUAUUUCCUGCAACAGCUCGACAAGUCGACCCUCUCGUAUGCUUCGGUUUUCGGUUUGAUCGAGAAAGCCCAUCUCCACGGCAACCAAUAUUCCUGGUUAGGCUCGGUCGUCUAUGUCGCACAGCUCGUUGCUCAGCCUGUGAUCGCUUAUAUCUUGGUGAAAGUCCCACUGGGGAAAUUCUUGGCCUGCACCACGCUUCUGUGGGGUGUCUCGUUGACAUGCAUGACGGCGGCGAACAGCUUCGCAGGCUUGCUGGUCUGUCGAAUGUUUCUCGGUCUGUUUGAAGCUGGAAUUGCUCCGGCCUUCAUCGCCGUCACGCAGAUGUGGUAUCGUCGGCUCGAGCAGCCCGUACGACUGGGCUCAUGGUACGCCAUGAACGGAGUGGUGUUUAUGUUCGGCAGUCUAAUAACCUGGGGCCUUGGACAGAUUAGCUCGUCGGUCUUUGAACCCUACCAGAUUAUCUUCUUAUUCUUCGGUCUCAUUACUGUCGUGUUUUCUGCUGUAGUUCUGAUGUAUAUGCCGGACUCGCCCAUAUGUGCCAAAUUCCUCAAUGAAGAGGACAAACUGAUCGCUAUUGAAAGACUCCGCAUGAAUCAGCAAGGAAUUGAGACUCACCACUGGAAAUGGAAUCAUGUGAAAGAGGCCUGCUUAGAUCUAAAAUCAUGGCUCUGGUUUGCUUUGAUGUUUUCCAUCUCGAUCCCUAGCGGAGGCAUAUCCACCUUCGGCCCUCUUAUUAUCAAGGCCUUUGGAUUUGAUCAGUUCAAGACGAUUCUUUUCAACAUUCCGUUUGGUGCAGUACAGCUCGUGGCCACUAUGGGUGGAGCGUGGCUGGCAACCUUCAUCAAGAUGAAGGGACCGGUGGUCAUUCUCUUGUGCCUACCGGCAAUUGCUGGCUGCGUGAUGCUACUGCAGAUUACGCACGAUGCGGCAAAUCGGGGCUCUCUGCUUGCGGGAUAUUACAUUCUUUCUGUCUACCCAGGCAUCACACCUAUGGUCUAUUCAUGGUCUGCUGCGAACACUGCCGGCGAAACGAAGAAGAAAGUGACGACUGGCCUAUUGAUUGUCGGACAAUGCGUUGGUAACAUCAUUGGUCCCACUCUAUACACAACCGCCGAAGCGCCGCUUUACAGACGUGGUCUGCUCUCAAACCUCGCCAUGUUCUGUGUACUGGUUGUUCUCUGCAUUAUAAACCUGGUGUAUCUCUGGGUUCUCAACAAGAAGCACGCCCAGAAGCGAGUGUCUAUGGGCAAGAGUGCGACUAUCGUCGAUCACUCGAUGUACACUGUUGGUGCUGCUCCAGUAGACAAGGAGGGCGCGCCUGUCCAGCAUGGUGCUAUGGAAGACAAUGCAUUCAAGGACCUUACGGACUGGCAAAAUGAGGACUUUGUCUAUCCGAGCCGGCUUAACCCCGAUGAGGGCGUCACCCCGCUGAGUUUAUUUUCUCGACAUCGUUCAGCUCAACUUUUGUUUUCCCCAGAGUCUCCUGCAUUCAACGAAUGGAUCGUCCUGCGUCGUGUCGGCUCCAGCGGAGAGCCUGUAGCGCUUGUCGACAGUCAAAGGUGUAACAAAUUGAAAAAGCGAUGUGUCUUCUUUCACAUUCCAAAGGACCCUGCUACGGAGAGACUUGAAAAUGUCGAAGCUGAGGUUCGUCACCUCAGAGAGCAAGUGGAUGCUCUACGUGAUCUUCUGCAGACACAUUCGAAUUCAGACGCCCGAGUUCUCGUCGCUGAGGGACAGGCUCCUCACAGACAGAUACUGCCUACCAAUGGACAAGGCACAGAUUGCCAUAUAUCCCCUGCCUCUCAGAUGAUACUGGGAUCCACCAUUGUGCCUCAACUCCAUGAGGCCAAUUAUGCAGAGGCAUCGGCUGGCGAUCAAUCAAGGGUGAAUGGGUUGGCCGCGAGCCCUGGAGAAAUUUCUAACCAUUCUCGCAUGCAAACUAUAAUCACAGACGCAGGCAGUGUGACGAAGAGAAAACGAUCUGGUUUCGAAAUACGCGACGAGCCAGUUGCAGAUUUUAUCUCGAAGGGCUUGAUGACGCCAGACCAUGCCAUUUCUUGCUUCAACACAUUUUUCCAAGGUUGCGACAGGUAUAUCCCGAUAUUUGACCCCGAGUACGACACCUUCGAUUCGGUGCGCUCGCGAAGCAGCAUCCUACUCAACGCUAUCUGCACGAUAGGAAGCCGCAUCGAACCCAGGUUCGGUCCUCAGAUAUCCGAUAUACUGCACGCAGAGCUCAAGAAAUGGAUUAAUGUCAUCAUUCAAAACAAGAGGUUGAAUUGCCUGGAGUCUGUCCAAGCAUUGCUCGUUGUUGCUUGCUAUUCUACGGAGCGCUCGUUGAUCUUAUCCUUUGCUACUCGAAUGGCCUUAGAUCUGGACCUGGACGAAGCUUUCGAGGAGUUGACUCAACGUAUGACGAUGAAAGAAGUUGAGGACUUUCAUGGAACUACUGGACUUACAGAGGAAGAACGCGGUUUGAUGCGAAAGUCCAGAACCUGGUUCGGGCUAUUGGUCUUGGAGCAUAUUUUUCGUGUAGAUGGCGGCAAACCGCCGGGCAUCCGAUUGCUUGGGAACGCACGUCGGUGUCGAACCUUGCUCAAACAUCCUUCAUCGACUGUUUUGGAUCUGCGUUUGUUCUCUCAAGUCGAGCUAAACGUCAUCAGAAGUAGCCCAAAACAUUUCACCUGUGUACUGAACGAUUCAGCUGAUCCUCCCGCAGCUAAUAUCAACGAUACCUUGAGCGGCAAAGAGACUCUGAUUCGCUCAGACAUAGCUGGUUUCGUGCAAGAGGUCAAGGUUGAACUCGAUCUCUGGUUCGAUGAUUGGUUGCGCAUCAUCGAAAACUCGGUCCCCGCCGAAGAGGAGAGACCGUUCCUCCUGCUCGCACUGCGCGUACAGAAAUGCUGGGCCGAUAUGAUGCUUUGCUGCAAGGCGCUGCGAUCAAUGGGCGUAGAGAACGUUGCAGCAAUGUCUCCCAUCGAGCGAAAUAUCCUAGUCAUGGCCAAGGCAAGCGCACGCAAACACCUGCGCCUGAUCAGUGGCGAGCCGGACUUCUACCUCGCCAAACUCAAAUACGCCAUGGACUUUGUCUGGGCUAAAUGUGCCUUCUGCUUCCUUCUCCUCCUCAAGCUCUCCCGCCUCCUGCCGGAACGAAAAGAAGAACACCAGGAGCUUCUUGAACAUGGGAAUAGACUGCUCAGCGAACUGACCAAGAGCGCGGACUCCCACGGCAACACUAACGGCAGUAGUAGGAUCUAUCUGCAGAUUCUCAAGCUCAGCAUCGAGAAAUACGGGAGGGCCGUGCAGGAGAGCGGGAUGGACGUCGACCAGGCGGCCAUGGCUCCAUUUUGGGAGCUGUUCGAUGCGCAGGCGGAUCUGCAGUCGUUUGUGCCCGAGCAGUUUGUCACGGAGUGGGAUUUUCCAGGACUGAAUCUGUUCUAUUUUCCUACCGCGUGGCAGGAUUUCUUCGGGGAUUUUUCAUUGGCGAUCUAG